AUGACAGGUAGGAAGAUAGCAUUGAACAGUAUAAAAACUUUGACUUUCUAUGCUGGGGAACAGACGACAAGUAGGAGGACCACAUCUAUACCACAACUGAAAUGUCUGGGGAGAGCUUGUAGAGAAUAUCAACCGGAAGUUGUGCAAUGUAUCAACGUUGGGGAAGAUGGAGGAGGAGGAAUUCAAUGGAAAUGUGAAACGGACCUUCCUUCCGCUUUCCGUCUAGGAAAAGUACAAGUAAGUUGUGAGGGAUAUUCUCACCCUGGGGAUAAGAAUGUUUUACAAGGUGAGUCGUAUCGUAUCAUUAUCAUUCCCUUUAACCUAACUCUCUGA